GUAGUGAUGGUGAGCACUUGGAUCUAUUCGGGCAGCAGUGCGAAGGUUAAGCUGUCCACGGUACAGCGCCUGACGGUCUGCUGGUUCAUGCUGUGCGGGUGCAUCCAUUUGAUCCUGGAGGGGUGGUUCAGUGUCUUCCACAACAGCAUAGCCGGGGACCAAUCCUUCCUGUCUCAGCUUUGGAAGGAGUACAGCAAGGCAGACAGCCGUUAUGUCUCGGCCGACACCUUCACCGUGAUGAUGGAGACAGUGACGGCCUGGCUGGAGGGUCCGGGGUGUUUCCUCGUUGCCGCGGGUUACGUCAACAACAGCCCAAACCGCUACGUUCUCCAGCUCCUGGUGUCCACGGGACAGCUCUACGGCACCGUCCUCUACGUCGGGAACGAGGUCAAGGACGGGUUCGUCCACGGCCCGCUGUGGGACCCAAUGUACUUCUGGUUCUACUUCGUGGUGAUCAACAGCCCAUGGGUGAUCCUCCCCACGCUGCUAAUGGUUCAGUCCUACGGGAAGAUGGUGCAGGGUCAGGCGCAAAUGGACAGGGCAGCGAAGGGGAAGAAGAAGAAAUAAGAACUGGACGAGAAUUGUAGCCUCAGAGGAUUCUGUUACAAUGGGAACAGAUGUAGCCUCCUGAUUAGAGGAUUUUGUAACUGCUGUGACUGCUUGAAGUAAAUUAUUUGCUGACAAAUGGCUGAACAUGAAAUCAAAAGCUUCUAUCGGACUUGUCUUGAUAUAGAUAUAGUUACAUAGUUUUUAUAGAUAAUUUGUGUGGCUC